GCCUGCAGCCGCUGGUUUCACUGCUCGCUAAAGCAGACAACAAGCAGCUCCUGGCUGCUGCCACUGGGGCCAUUUGGAAGUGUUCCUUCAGCAUGAAGAAUGUAGCUAUAAUCAUUGACCAGCUUGAUGGAGUCCGCCUGGUGUGGUCACUGCUAAAGAACCCCAGCACAGAAGUUCAGUCUAGUGCUGCAUGGGCCCUUUGUCCGUGCAUUGAGAAUGCUAAGGAUGCCAGGGAAAUGGUUCUGUUCCUGAUCGGUGGACUGGAACUGAUUGUUCAUUUGCUGAAGUCAACAGUCAACAGGGCAUCCUUUGGUGAAUAUGGAGCCGUUGGUCCUUUGGUCCGUUACCUGGAGUCAAAGGACACUUCAGUCCUCAUGAGCACAGCCAUGGCCCUGUACCAACUGUCCAAAGAGCCCAGCAACAUCAUCACCAUGCAUGAGGAAGGAGUCGUCCAGCAACUGAUCCACCUCACAGGCUCUGAUGACAGCAAGCUCCAGGAGUUUGCUGCUGGAUGUUUGCGCAACAUCCGUCUCCUGUCACUGGCCAAUCAGAGGGCCGCUUGUUCAAAUGAGAACCCCUGAUCUCAGCAGAAACCCUGGAAACCCACCAGAGACUGUAGGACAGGUAUCAGGAUGGUGAGCAGAAUCUGAUCUUUCCAGAUCCCCCCAAACAUC